CAAAAAAAAAAAAAAAAAAGUGCUAAAUAAAAACUUGGGUUUGGGGCGACCUUAACCCGCAAGCCCAACCCAAUUACUAUUAUAAAAGGAAUUGCGAGCCCUAAACCCUAGUUUUCUUCCUCAACGGCCACCGAUCUUACCAGGCGCAGUAUCGUCUUCAGCGGUUAUGGCUACCAAGCAGCCAAAGACUGGCCUUUUUGUGGGACUGAACAAAGGCCACAUUGUAACCAGGAAGGAGUUGGCGCCCCGCCCCUCAGAUAGGAAAGGAAAAUCUGCGAAAAGAGUUCUUUUUGUGAGGAGCUUGGUCAGGGAAGUUGCUGGUUUUGCACCAUAUGAGAAGAGAAUUACUGAGCUUCUGAAAGUUGGCAAGGACAAGCGUGCACUCAAGGUUGCUAAGAGGAAGCUGGGAACUCACAAGAGAGCAAAGAAGAAGCGUGAGGAGAUGUCUAGUGUCCUUCGCAAGAUGAGGGCUGGUGGAGGUGGAGAGAAGAAGAAGUGAAGCUUUUUCUAGGUUGGCAUCUCUGGUGAUGUGCUCCCUCUUCACAACUAGAGGCCGUUUAGAGUUUACUUAGAAUGUUUUCACUUUUUCUUCAAGAUUGAAACUGAGCUGGAUUAGAUAUGAGAAGGCUGUAGUAGUACUCUAAAAUUCUGGUCACUGUUUGGAUUUUAUGUAUGGUUUUGCCCCAUUAUUUUUUGAAGAAAUUUUGUUAUUUUGU